AUGCCUAUGAGCAAGAAUAAGCUGAUUUUACUAAUUGGAAUGAUCUGUUUGGAACAAGGGAAAUCUGCAACUCUGUCUCUCCCCAAAGCUCCCACUUGUGGGCAGAGUUUGGUGAAGGCACGGCCUCAGAAUUACUUUAACAUUUUCAGUCGCAUUGUUGGGGGAAGCCAAGUGGAAAAGGGUUCCUACCCCUGGCAGGUGUCACUGAAACGAAGGCAGAAGCAUAUCUGUGGUGGGACCAUCAUCUCUCCACAGUGGGUGAUUACAGCUGCUCACUGCGUUGCAAACAGAAAUAUUGCAUUAACUUUGAAUGUUACUGCUGGAGAAUAUGACUUGAACCACACAGAGCCAGGAGAGCAAACUCUCACCAUUGAAACCAUCAUUGUACACCCACAUUUCUCCACCAAGAAACCAAUGGACUACGAUAUUGCUCUUUUGAAGAUGACUGGAGCCUUCAAUUUCGGCCAGUUUGUGCAGCCCGUGUGUCUUCCAGAACCAGGGGAACGAUUUGAGGCUGGAUUUAUUUGUACAACUGCAGGCUGGGGCCGCUUGACUGAAGAUGGCAUCCUCUCGCAAGUCUUGCAGGAAGUGAACUUGCCCAUUUUGACCCAGGAGGAGUGUGUGGCAGCUCUGUUAACCCUAAAGAAACCCAUCAGUGGGCAGACCUUUCUCUGCACAGGCUUUCCAGAUGGAGGGAGAGAUGCUUGUCAGGGCGAUUCAGGAGGUUCUCUCAUGUGCCGAAAUAAGAAAGGGGCUUGGACUCUGGCUGGUGUGACUUCCUGGGGUUUGGGCUGUGGUCGAGGCUGGAGAAACAAUGUACAGAAAGAUGAUCAAGGAUCCCCUGGGAUCUUCACAGACCUUAGUAAAGUGCUUCCCUGGGUCCACAAACACAUCCAAAUUGGGAAGCGGAGAAAGAUCUCCAGAGCCUCAUGCAGUGAGCAGGAUCAUGUGGUCAGCAAUUCUGAGGGGCAGCUGCACUUUCCAGAAACCUCCUACCUAUAUUAUGAAAGCAAGCAACUGUGUGUCUGGACGCUGCUGGUACCAGAGGCAAUGCAUGUGUUACUCACCUUUUCCCAUUUGGAUGCAGAGUCCUGUUACCACAAUCACCUGUCAAUAUAUUCUUUAGAAGACAGACUUAUUGGGAAAUUCUGUGGAGAAAGCCUCACUUCAUCAGUUCUGGUUGGCGCCAACUCUAUCAGGCUGAAGUUCAGCUCUGACGCCACAGAUUAUGCUGCUGGGUUUAAUCUCACCUAUAAAGCUCUUAAACCAAACUACCUUCCUGAUUCAGGUUGCAGUUCCUUAACUGUCCUUUUUGAAGAAGGCCUCAUACAGAGUCUUCACUAUCCUGAGGACUACACUAACAUGGCAGACUGCAACUGGAUUUUUCAAGCCCCCAAACAUUACCUAAUUAAGCUUUCCUUUCAGAGCCUGGAAAUAGAAGAAAGUGGAGACUGCUCUUCCGACUUUGUGACCGUGCACAGGGAUGUAGAAGGGAAGACGGAAAUAGCUCGGUUGUGUGGCUUUGAUGCACCCGCCCCUGUGCUGAGCUCCUCCGGUGUAAUGCUCAUCAGUUUCCAGUCGGAUGGAAAUGUGACCUUCAGAGGCUUUCAGGCCACAGUCUCGUUCAUUCCUGAAAAAGCAAUUGUAUUAUGCUUACAUCCAGAUUUAAACAUCUCCAGAUCAGAGGAUGAGUCAAUGUUUGUGGAGACACAGAAUGUACUAUCUGAAGAAUCCAAUGCUUCUGGUGGCCUCUGCAGAGCUGCUUAA